AUGGCCACAACUACAAAGGGUGGCAUUCCGCCAGGAUCCAUCCGGCACGGAAGAACAGAUGAUCCCAGUGCUUCUCACCUUGUCACUGGGAAAUUCCGCCUGUCCCCUUUUACCGCCGCGACUGACUUGCUUCUCCUGUCUCUGCUGCUAAGAUUAUUACUGCUCAGAUCUGGAUUCUGGCCAAGGGUCUACCGUACUACAGUGUAUGGUGCGCUUUAUCUAGACCCGGUCCCGUGA